AUGCCAGUCCAUCUAAUAAAUUCGGUUAAGUUUCCGGGUUAUCUAAAUCCAGGUCAUCGCAAUGACUUAUCUCUGACUACAGACACAUUUAACUCCUCUGGAACUUUGGACAACAAAGAAUGUAGCUUCUCUAAUAAUUCUUUGAAAAUUCCUUUGGUCGGGAAACCUAACGAACUGUUUAUACGACCUGUUAAUCAAGGUGAAAAUCAAGCUGGCAAAUUUCUACUCUUGAAUCAUCCCAGCAGUCAGAUGGUAGUUGCAAAGUACGAUCAGGACCGUGUCCCACCCAGUGUCGUCGUACAGGAGGUCGGUUGUAUUCGUCGUAUACGAGAGCCAUUUACCCCAGAUGAACAACUUGAAACUGGUGUUGCUGUUACAUUAGAACAAGAAUAUAAUCGAAUGGAUGCGUGUAUCAGGAGGAUCAUACGAGUUGUUAAACUUUUGCCUUAUUUCAGUGAAGUUGGUAAACCUGCUCAGCUAAGUUUGUUAAGGACUAACAUUUAUGGAUUAAUUGUACUAUAUUCAUCCUUCUUCUUUGAGAGAGAUAUCCGAAAAUUAAGAUAUCCAGUAUUGCAAUCAGAUGGUCAAUUAACUACAGUGACGGUUUCAAUGCUAGAUGAAGUGGCUACUCCAAGUGCAACUAUGAAUGAGUCGGAUGAUGCGAUCCCGGAUUCAUACUCUAAAAUCCUCCACAAUAAUACUAAUAUCAGGUCGGUUUCACGUUGUCGUUCGAAUCAAGUUAAUUAUGCUAUCGGUUUACGUGAAGAAUUUGAACUGUAUAAAUCCAAUACCCUUGCAGCUUUUGAUCAUUUAGAUGAACUGGUUGGUUCUGAUGAUAUUCUUCGGAUGUCUGUGCUAGCUAUUAAGCUGUUCUCCGACAAUUCUCUUACUGAAGAUUUACGUGCUCCUGUAUGCGCCGCUAGGCAAGCGUAUAGUUUGUUCUUGUGGAAUUAUAUCCGAUGGCAAGCAGGUUCAAAACGAUUACGAUCUGCUACUGAACUUUAUGCUCGUAUCUUAAUAGCUUUUAUUGAUUUGAGGACGUUAGAAAUACGAAUGACAGAAUUCGCAAAACUACUCAGUUUAGAUGGUCUUAGUCCACUGAUGCGUGAGGUGUGUAGUCAACGAAGUACUUUAGGAUAA